AUGGGAAAGAGAAAGUCGUCGUCGAGGGCAAAGCUUGUAGCUAAGAAGCCAAGGGAGAAGCUUGAUACAGUAUUCUGUUGCCCCUUCUGCAACCACGGGAGCAGCAUUGAAUGCGACAUUGACAUGAAGAACAUGAUUGGGGGAGUCUUUCUGCAGCGUUUGCCAAGAAAGUUAUAG